GUAUAUAUACAGCAUCAUGAAACACCCCUUUCUCAUGGCAGUAGAAGCCCACAACCUUCACCUCUUCUCCUCUCAACACCUCCUAAGAAGCAGGUUCCAACUUCUCAUCACCAUUUGGAAUCAACCAAGCUUGCACACCAUGCAAAUGGGAUUCCUCUCGCCGGUAUCCGGUGCUGCUGCCGCCCCCGGCAGUGUGCUCGGCUUCAACAACGUCGCCUCCGCCGCAGUGCUAGCGCCAAGGAAGCGGUUGCGCCAGGUCUCGCUUCUUGGCGAUGACAUGUCCUCCCACCUGCAGCAGCAGGUGCUCGACAUCGAUCGCCUCAUCCUGCAACACGCGGAGAGGGCGCGGGCGGAGCUGACGGAGCGGCGGAAGCGGUUUACGACGCAGAUCCUCGCUGCGCUGGAGGAAGGCAUGUCGAAGCGGCUUAGGGCGAGCCAAGAAGAGGUCGCAAGGUUAGGGAAGAUGAACUGGGCAUUGGAGGAGCGCAUCAAGAGCCUGUGCGUGGAGAACCAGAUGUGGCGCGACAUGGCGCAGAGCAACGAGGCAACGGCCAACGCGCUGAGGGCCAACCUCGAACAGUUCCUCGCGGCGCAGGCGAGGGCAGAGGAGGAGGCAGCGACCGCCGACGACGCCGAAUCCUGCUGCUGCGUAGGCGACGGGGAGGAGGAGGCCGGCGUGAGGAGGGAGUGGAGGAGAGCUUGCCGGAGCUGCCACGACGGCGAACCGUCAGUGUUGCUGCUGCCGUGCCGGCAUUUGUGCCUUUGCGCGGCGUGCGGCCCGGCCGUGGACGCAUGCCCCGUCUGCCAAUGCAGCAAGAGUGGUAGUGUGUGCAUAAACAUGUCUUGA